UAAAUUUGCUUGCUUGUGAUGUAAUUUUAUUAUGAAAUAUAUUUUACCUUAAUUGUUAUCUUCAUUGUUUACAGUCAUCAUCGUUUACUCUUGAUGGAUAUGCUUCUGCCUACUGUUUUAAAAGAUCUGUGGGCUAUUGCCUGUUUCCUGAUUCCAGGGAUUUCCCAAUCCUAUCUGGAUUGCACAAAGGUAGCAUCUGUGCAGGGGAAUGAAGAUCAUUACCAGCGAGUUGCAGUGAAACUGCAGAGAGUAGUGCAGUCAUUUAUUUUGCGGAGGUCCAAAACUGAUGUUGAAAAGCAGUUACCAAGGAAAUAUGAGCAUGUACUUACAUGUGCUCUUUCUAAUCGGCAGAAGUCAAUGUAUAAAGACAUCUUGUCUCAACCAAGAACUCAAGAAUGUCUUAGAAGUGGGCACUUUGUCAGUGUCCUCCAUAUUCUGACACAGCUGCUCAUGGUGUGCAAUCAUCCUGAUCUGAUCAGUCCCCGGCUUCCAAGUUCUUCCUGUGUAUUAGACAAGCUGGAGUUUACAACUGCUUCCCUUGUGCUGAAUGUGUUAGGACGGGAUCUUUGGAAGCAUGCAGACUGGUCUCUCUUUGAUGUGAUUGGGAUGGAAAACCAAAUUACUUGCUAUGAAGCACAACUACUGCCAAAACUGAAGGUAACUAGGAAGCUUAUUGAAGAGAUCUACUGUUCUCCUUCAUCACCCAGACUUGAGCCAGUGAAGCUCAAACCAAAUAGGUUAUUUACACCAGUGCAGUAUGGACAAAAACCCAAAGGUAGGACUAGAGACUUCUCAAGGUCUCAGUCGCAGCAAACAGCGGACACAGCAACAGUUAUGGCAGAUCAUCAAGAGAAAACACAAAGACAACAAGUCCUUGUCAUGUUUUCGGAUAAUCAUCAUAAGGGAGCCAGCAAGAUAGUACUUGGCCCAAUGUCUUCCACAGCUGGAGCACAAGAAAGAAUUGCUGAGCCAGAGAAGCCUGUAACAUUACAGUUUAGAGGGAAAACUUUUACUUUAUCUUACAGUCAGUUCUGUCGUCUUACUGGUAGACAGUCUCUGAAGCAGCAAGUGGAUGACUUGAAUACUAAAUCUAAAUCAGUAUCUAGACUUCUGUGUCCAACUCAGGGUAUCAUAGAAGAAAAAAGACAACUAAAGGAACACCUGGACAAAAUAUACUUUGAGAAUGAGCGUCGUUGUUCCAGAACGCCCCUGUAUGGCAGAGACUUGUUGGAAAUUUGCUCUUGGACCAGUGAAAGAAAAAUCGCUCAGCAUUGUUCUGCCAGGAUUAACAAAUGGCGCUGGGCUGGCUUUGCAAAUUGCCUUCCAUAUUCAGGGACUUCAGAGGUUCUAAAGGAUCCCUUGCAAGAACUCAUUCUGACACUGAAGCAGCAACAGAUCGCCCUGAAGGAUGUUGUUACUAGAGAUCUGUGCAUAUUGCCAGCUGUAGCUGUUGCUCCUCCAUAUUUGUAUGUAGCAAAUCCUCCUCAUACAUAUACCCAUGAAAUGAAUGUCUUGAAGUUUAAUCUGAAGGAACAGAUACUGCCCUAUUACCAGCAAAUAGCAAGGCCUCAUUUUCUACAGUUCCCGGAUCCUCGACUGGUGCAGCGUGAUUCAGGCAAGAUGGAAGCUUUGUCUGUCUUGCUUCGGAAGUUGAAAGCAAAAGGACAUCGUGUGUUGAUUUUGACGCAGAUGGUUCCAAUGCUUGAUAUAUUGGAGCUGUUCUUGAACUUCCAUUUUCUCACAUACAUAAGAGUUAAUGAGAAUGGUGCUCACAGUUGGCAUUAUCUGGAAUCCAUAAAAAACUUCAACCAAGACAAGCGAUUCUUCUGUGUUAUUCUUUCUUCUGACACUCCUUCCACAGGUGUCAGCCAUAUAGAUGUGAAUACUGUUGUCUUCUAUGACACUGCUUUAGAUCCGCUGAUGGAUACAAAGGCUAAAGAAUGGUGUGAUAAAAUUGCAAGACACGGAGAUAUUCACAUGUACAGGCUUAUAAGCGGAAAUUCUGUCGAAGAGAGGCUGUUGAAAAAAGGUAUUAAACAUUUGAUUCAAGAAGUGACUGCUCAGGGAGAUGAUUAUUCAACAGGCUUUUUAACUCAGGUUCUUUGCUCUGAAAAUGGAAAAGAGGAUUCUGGGAUGUUUACAGAAGAGACAUUAUCUGAGAUAAGAAAUUACAUAGAUUCAGAGUUGUAUGAUUCAAGAAAUACCACGGUUCCUUCACAGUUAGAACAGCUGGUUAGCUUUGUGGAUCAGCUUAAGCCAAUUGAAAAGUAUGCGUUGAAUUUCUUGGAAUUGUUUCAUACUUUGAAUGAUCAAAAAAGCCAGAGAGUCAACAAGGAGUUAAAAACUGCAUAUAUAAAAUGGGAAUAUCAGCAUGCCAAGGAGCUGGAAAAGGCAGAAGAAAAAUUUCAGCAGGGAGUGGAAGAGGAACUCUUAACAUAUACCAGACAAGAUGCUUAUAACAAGGAAUUUGUCUGUGACAGACCAGAUGGAGAAACAGAAAUAAUGCCUCUUUGGACUCCUCCUGUUGUACCUGAGAAUCAUGAUGAUGUCUACACUGACUCUGUUAUGUGUCUGAUGUAUACUAGUACCCUGAUUCCAGAGUCUAAGCUUCCACCUCUGUUUGUUAGGACGGCGCGUAAGCGUCAGAGAACAGAUCUGGCUUCUUCAGGUGAGAGAAAGAAGCAUUGCCACAGAAGGAUGGUUGUUCCUCCACCUUCACUUUUCAACCAAGUGACUCCAAGAUUAUUGAAAACACAACAGAAGAGCAAAGCUCAAGACACCCUCCACUGGGUAAACCAGAAAAUGUGUUGUGCAAGACCCAUGUCAGCUCUCAGCAAGUCAGCUGCUGACACUGGGAAAGAUAGUCCUGCAUGGCUAAUUGCUGAAGACUUGGCACUGUUAAAUGCGAUGAAACAGUUACGGACACUCCCUUUAAACCUUGCUAUUGUGUCACCAGCACAGAAAGCAAACUGGGACUUUGUCAGCGAUGUUGUUAACUCUUGUAACUAUGUUUAUCGGUCCCCAAAGCAAUGCCAAAAUCAUUACAUAAAAGCAUUUGCAGGUCUGGAAGGAAAGGACAGAGGUGGUUAUCCUCCUCAUGUUAGACAGCCCUAUGCUAAAGACCAGAAUUCUGAGCGUACUCAAAUCUAUAUGAAUCACUUUGAGUUGAUGACAAUGACUACUAGAAAAAGAAGUUACUCAAAUAGGCUUCUUGCAGAGAACUAUGACAAGCUACUGCCUAUGUCUGAGGUUGCUUCCAUCUGUGCAGAACCUGUGAUGAUACAGGAAAAGGCACUAAUUGAAGAACCAAUAGCUCCACAACUGUCGGAGCAACAGCCUACUGAGAAGCCAGAAGAGGAACAAACAGUGGAGCAAAUCCAAACACAGGGGGAAGCACAGACUUCGGGACAUAUACUCUCUCCAGCCAUAGCUGUAUCCCAGCAAAUGGCUGUGGCACCUGCCAGUCCAGCCCAGCUGGAGCCCACAACCCCCGGCCAGUUUUUUCAAGCAGAAGCACUUGACCUCAUCAGUUGUAACCAUCACUCUGAUGACAGCUGUGUAGAUGCUUUUGAUGACUCUGCUUAUAUUGGAUUUAGUCGCGAGAUGCUCCAGGAACCGAGUCCUGCUCCUGCGAGCCCCGAGCCUGCAGCGGCACAGACGGACGCGCGGCGGCCGCGGCGCUCCGGCCCCGGGCAGGCCCAGCCGCCCCGCAGCCCCCGCCGCACGGCCUGGUGGAAGCACUGACGUAUCGGCUCGGUGAACGCCAUGAAGUUGUAUUUCGUUUAUUGCUAAACUAUCGCCUGAGUUUUCUUGGCCCUGUUUUCUUGUAAUCAAGAGUGGCACUAAGUUUUUUUUUGUUGUUGUUGUUGUUGUUUUUUGUUUUGUUUUGUUUUGGUUUUUUUUUCUCCCUUCCCAUCAUUUGAGGAUGUUAUUGCCCGUGCUCCAGGUAAGCAGGGUCUAGUUCGUCCCGCCAGCAGGCGUGGUGGAUUUUUACACAAAAUCUUGAAGAAAAGGGUCGGCACUGCUACCUGCCCUGUCAGAAAUUACUCUCUGAACGCUUAUUACCCUGCAAUAAAAGGUAAUUUUGUGCUGUG